AUGCGAGCCUUGAAGUCCCUCAGGGCUAUCCGCAUGAUGAGAAGCUUUCGGCUCUUUCGAGGGUUACGCUUGCUUGUCAAGGCAUGCCAAUGCUUCUUACCAUCCCUUUGUUGGGCUAUGGUGCUUCUCGGUGUAUUUAUGACAAUGGGGGCAUUGAUCAUGGGCAAUUUACUUCAGAGUUUUGUGACUGAUGAAGAAGCCAAUUUCGAAGAUCGUGAGUGGAUUUGGAUGCGCUAUGGCACAGCUUACCGGGCUACCUAUACACUCUAUGAGAUUACUUUCGCUGGGAACUGGCCUACAAACGCACGCCCUGUCAUGGAGCGAGUCAGCCACGUCUUUGUGAUAUUCUUUGUGCUGUAUAUUACAAUAAUUGCAUUCGCUGUCAUAAGAGUCAUCAGCGCCGUGUUUUUGAAAGAUACUUUGGAUGCUGCUCAGAAUGAUGCGGAACAUUUGGUGGUGGACAGAUUGCGGAAAAAGGCUGAAUAUGUGGAGAAGUUGGAGGCGAUCUUCCGAGCCAUCGAUGACUCCGGGGACGGCAUCAUUACAGAGGCGAGAAUGAAUGAGAUUUUGUCGAAUGACAAAGUUGCUGCAUACUUUCAAACACUGGACUUGGAUGUCCAUGAGGGCGCUGCGCUAUUCCACCUUUUGGACAACGGAGACGGGGAGGUGACAUUGGAUGAGUUCAUAGAUGGCAUCAUGAGAUGCAAAGGGCCAGCCAGAGCUAUCGACCAGGUUGCAAUGCACGCGGACCUCAAGCAGCUGGACAUAAAACUUGCAAAAAUGGCGAGGUAUUUCAAUCACUUCGACCUUAGCCCCAGAAGCAAAAAAGACCGCAGCAAAAAAGAGAGAAGCAGUGUCGCUGGGCGCUCCCAAGCGUUGAGAGGAUUCCUUGCUCAUGACGCUGGUAGUCCGCAGCAGAAGCCCCGGUGA